AUGUUGUUGUUUGGCGGGAAUGCUGACCGCCACCACGUGACUGGAUGGGAAAAACAACGUUGUCAGAGGAACGGGCCAUUUUCUGUUUAUCCUCUCUCGACUCACACAACGCGGCCAGCCUUUCAGAGCUCCAGGCUCGCGCUUACAUCGUUUUGGAUCGUAUAUUUUGUUUGCCGGGUGCGCCUGCCUAUUUUUGGAUUUAUAGACGUUGCGAAACGAGACACACGACUAGCCAUCGCCCUGGUUACCGGCUCCUCCACUUACUAA